AUGGAAGAUAAAUCGUUCGUUGACUGCAACAUGCGGCUGGUGACCAUUCCGUUUGGUAUCAACGGUCUAGAGUGUUACGGUGGCGAAGUCGGUAUGACCCGGCCGCACCUAAUUAGCCCGCUGUCGAUGCCGGGAGCGGUUAGGGCCGGGGCACGUGGGGUGCAGGAAUUGAGCCUCAGGGGAAGCCAGGAGAUCUGCAAGGCGGAGAAAUCGCUGGUUAUGAUUUCGCUGCACAACCGGGGGCGGCUGCUCGUCUGGGACGCCGACGCGCUGGAGGUGGUGGCGAUGUGCAACCACAACGGCUGCUCCGUCGUGCAGUGUGUCGUCACGGCAACGUACUUAUAUGUACGGGUGGAAAAUGGACGCGAUCACACCGACGCAGACACGCAGGUGUACGUUUGGGACGCCAAGGCGUUUACGCUUGUGCGCCGGCUCUCCUCCCACGAGGCGCGUGUGACUUCCAUUGCGGUGAGUGAUGAAAACGACUUACGGCUUGCGACGGCCAGUUUGGAUAACUCCGUGCAUAUCUGGGACCUGCAAAAAAGUGUUACGGGACCACUAAAACGGAUCGCGCUCAAUGGCACCGGUCUGGUCUCGCUCUACUCGCAUGGAUUGAUCUUGGGUAGCUCCUCCAACAACACAAUGAUGGUGUGGAACGCAGAAACAGGGGCAGAGUUGAAGAGGCACAAGGAGGCUGAAGCCACUGUCACCGUGGUACGUUGGCGACAUGCGCCCAGUCGCAUCAUACAGAGUGGCGCAUCCAAAUACGAAAACUUUUCCUCGCUGUUAAUUGGAUAUAGCAACGGUUUUAUUAAGGAAUGGACCUUCGAUGCAAACGCAACGGUGCUCAUGACACCCAAGUGGGGCAACAAAGUGCACAAGGCCCACGUCACGGACCUCUGCAGUGACGAUGAUGCUGUACUAAGCUGCAGCACAUUUGAUGGUGCAUUCUUGCUGCUGCAGUCGCAGGGCCACGUGGCCCCAUUGGUGUCCUACGGAGUUCGCAUCGUGGUACUUGAUUCAUACGCCAAAAAUGCAGUAGUUGGGGUCGAUAAUGGCUCCAUUAAAAUUUUCCACUAUCGUGACUUUUUGGAGGGACACGGUCAACCGUAUCUUCUCUCCUCCUUUUGUCCACAUUCAAGCGGCAUCACGGGCCUGUUUCUGCAGCUACGCGAUAAUUUUACCUGGGAUCGCAUCAUCUGUGCUGGCGCUGACGGGACCGUGGUAUUUCUGGACUACACACGCGCCCGCGGUUCUCGCUUGAUGCGGGGAUUGAAUGCGAGUUCGGUGGAUGCCAUUCCGGGGGGCGAGGCGAUUCUUGCACCAUUGGGGACAGGUGGAGGCAUCCGCCUCUUCAACCCCGUCGACCUUAUCCCUGUCCCGCAGGAACACGAGUUGAAAACAUCGCACGUAGUCACGGCGCUGCGGUGGGUGGCGUCUACUUUUAAAGUUUUGGUGGGCUGUGAAAACGGGAGCAUGAUGUUAUUUGAAUGCGUCAUGGGUGAGCCGUGUUCUCCGUCAUUUCACAUGUUAGAGGAGAGAAACGUUUCACCCUACUUCCCACGAUGCUUUUUCUGCAGUCAGCCGGAUGGCCGCCUGGCUGUGGCAAAUUUGCAGCGGGAUCAAUUUGCAGGGAAGGGGGCAUUUUUGGUUUUGGAUCCAAUAGCGGCGGAUUUAUCCUACCCGAUUCAUCCACUGACGCCAAUGUUUCCCCUCCGCAGCAGCAUUUUCACCUUCACUUCUUCGGAAAUAUAUGAUUACACUGUGGUUGUGCAGUUGCGGGAUGGCAUGAUGAUGCAGUACGUGGGAGAUUCCAUUAGAAAAACGUUGCCUGUCCUUCUGCGUACGCUGGUGAGUUCGCUAUUGAGUAACGUGUUUCAGAAGGAGUCCACAGGUUUUUUGAUCUUUCCCAGCAAUUACAUCUUGAAGUGCAUGCCCACUGGGGGUGGGAAAUUGAACUUUGUGCUCACGUACGCGGAGGGCACUGUGCUUCACCAGAUGGCGUUUGGUGUCGAACACGAUUGCCCGGUGAACCGCUACGUGUUCUGCAAAAGUGAGGAGUUCGAUUUUUCAGGGUCCCUGUCCUCCGAUGGAGACGAUGUGCUGACGCUGGAGGCUAUUGGACAGGGUGAGAUGGCAAUGGCGAUACUGCGCGACAAUCCUGUGGUUGAUAUUAUUGAUAAUGGUGGAAAAUACAUUUACCGUAUCCUCAACACUGGGUGUGUGUGGAAAUGUCAAGCAUCCCCUCGUCGGAGGCGCUCACGCGGCUUUUGCAUUGGCUCCUCCACCUCGAACACCAAUGUUUCGUAUGCCCCGACUUCCUCUCCGUACGCCUGCACAGCCAGCUUUUGCGCCGAGGCGCACUACCUCGCUAUUGGCUACCGAGAUGGAUUGGUGCAGUUGUUUGAUACCACGCAGCAGACAAUAUUUGCACGGUUUAAGGUGCAUACUUCAAUGGUGGACUGUUUGUGGUCGUUUCCCAGUGUUGUGGUAUCGUCCUCGGUGGAAAACGUGUUGCACGCCGGCAGGGUACUUCCACGUGUGAUUUUUGACGACUGCAGCAGCAGCUGUUGGUCGCCCUCAGAGGGUUCCUUGUUGUUGCAGCGAACAUCCACCAGUGUUUCUGCAGUGGAGCAGUAG